CUCCACUACGCUUUCUUGGUUGAGAGCCGCGUCGCGCAUGAAUGACGACAUGCCCGCGGAGAAACUUUGCGCGCAGAGAUGACGUACCAGCGCUUGGUUUACUGGAAACAUUGACGCUUUUACUGGCAUCAAAACAGUACAACCAUGAACUGGAACAAAGGUGGUCCUGGUGUAAAGAGAGGGUUUGGGUUUGGAGGAUUUUCCCUUGCAGGUAAAAAAGAGGAACCACAACUCACUCAGAGAUCUCACACAUCAUUUGGAGCCACUGGAUCGAGUGGGGGAUAUGGAAAGAACCAGCAGCUCCCUUCAUUUUAUAAAAUAGGGACAAAGAGAGCUAAUUUUGAUGAGGAAAAUGCGUACUUUGAGGAUGAUGAAGAGGAGUCCAGUAGCAAUGUGGAUCUGCCAUACAUCCCAGCUGAGAACUCUCCCACACGGCAGCAGAUGCAGUCUGGUGGUGGCUCAGAUAGUGAAGAUGACCCACUGGAUGCAUUCAUGGCGGAGGUUGAGAGCCAAGCGGCCAAAGACAUGAGGAAACUAGAGGAAAAGGAGAAAAAGUCAGCCAAGGGUAUUCGUGAUGACAUUGAAGAAGAAGAUGAACAAGAAGCCUACUUCCGCUACAUGGCAGAGAAUCCCACAGCUGGGCUGACCCAAGAGGAAGAGGAGGAAAACAUUGACUAUGAUAGUGACGGGAACCCAGUUGUCUCUACCACGAAGAAAAUCAUCUUGCCGCUUCCUCCCAUUGACCACUCUGAGAUUGAUUACCCACCCUUUGAAAAAAACUUCUACAACGAGCAUGAAGAGCUCAGCAACCUUACUGGCAGUCAGAUGUUAGAGUUAAGGCAGAAACUGAAUUUGAGGGUAUCUGGUGCUGCGCCUCCAAAACCUUGUACCAGUUUUGCCCACUUCAGCUUUGAUGAGCAGCUAAUGCACCAAAUCCGCAAGUCUGAGUACACUCAGCCUACGCCAAUUCAGUGCCAGGGGGUACCCAUAGCUCUGUCUGGACGUGACAUGAUUGGUAUUGCAAAAACUGGCAGUGGCAAAACUGCAGCUUUUAUCUGGCCCAUGCUGGUUCACAUCAUGGAUCAAAAGGAGCUGGAGGCAGGAGAAGGACCCAUCGCAGUCAUCGUGUGUCCCACCAGAGAGCUUUGUCAGCAGAUCCAUGCAGAAUGUAAGCGCUUUGGGAAAGCCUACUCAUUGCGCUCCGUGGCGGUGUAUGGAGGAGGCAGCAUGUGGGAGCAGGCCAAAGCCCUGCAGGAGGGAGCAGAGAUUGUGGUGUGCACUCCGGGUCGUCUGAUAGACCACGUUAAAAAGAAGGCCACGUCCCUGCAGAGAGUGACAUACCUGGUGUUUGAUGAGGCAGAUCGCAUGUUUGAUAUGGGCUUUGAAUAUCAGGUUAGAUCUAUUGCAAGCCAUGUCCGCCCAGACAGACAGACCCUUCUGUUCAGUGCUACUUUCCGAAAGAAGAUUGAGAGGCUGGCCCGAGACAUCUUGACAGAUCCUAUUCGUGUGGUGCAGGGAGACAUUGGAGAGGCCAAUGAGGAUGUGACCCAAGUGGUGGAGCUUCUCCCUAGCGGUACGGAUAAAUGGGGCUGGCUGACCCGGCGGGUGGUCGAGUUCACCUCCUCUGGCUCAGUCCUCAUCUUCGUCACCAAGAAGGCAAACUGUGAGGAACUGGCAACUAACCUGUCCAAAGAGGGCUACAGCCUGGGUCUCCUGCACGGAGACAUGGACCAGAGUGAGAGGAACAAGGUCAUCAGCGACUUCAAGAAAAAGAAUAUGCCUGUUCUGGUGGCCACUGAUGUAGCUGCUCGUGGUCUGGACAUCCCAUCCAUUCGCACGGUGGUGAACUACGAUGUGGCCCGGGACAUCGACACGCACACACACAGGAUUGGUCGAACUGGUCGUGCUGGAGAGAAGGGCGUGGCUUACACUCUGCUCACCAACAAAGACACCACGUUCGCCGGUGACCUCGUGAGAAAUCUGGAGGGAGCCAAUCAAGCAGUUUCCAAAGAACUGAUGGAUUUAGCCAUGCAGAAUCCCUGGUUCAGGAAAUCUCGAUUUAAGGGUGGUAAAGGAAAGAGGCUGAAUAUUGGUGGAGGUGGUCUUGGUUACAGAGAGAGACCAGGCCUCGGGGCUGAAAGCUCUGAACGCAGCAGCAGCAGCAGCAGCAUGUUGUCUUCCACUAGUAGCUACGACAGCUACAGCAAACCAGCCACUGGGGCGUUGGGAGAUCGCAUGUCAGCCAUGAAACAAGCCUUCCAGGCCCAGUACAAGAGUCACUUUGUGGCUGCGUCCAGCGGCCCUCCAAAGCUCAGCGCAAAGACUAGCAGUUCAUCAGAUUGGACCAGUGCCGGCAGCCUGAGCUCUGUGCCUACUGAGGCCGCCAAUGGUUCAGAAAAGCCCUACGGUGUGACCAUGUCCCUGUCUGGCUUCACCAGCCCCACCACCCUGAGCUCAGUGCCCGCCGGUCAAACCAGUUCACAGCACAGCUACCUUCAGCCUGCUCCUCCCCCACAGAGGGACAGCUCACGAGAGCGACAUGGGGACGACCGGGGGCGCCAUGGGGACAGUCACCACCGCCACAGCGACAGGAGCGAUCGACACAGCAGUGACGAUCGCUACGGAGACCGGGAUCGCCAUGGAGAUAGAGAUAGAGAUCGGGACCGCUACGGGGACCGGGACCGCUACAGCAGCAGCAGCAGCAGCAGCCGCCACAGCGAUAGUCGCAACGGGGACGGAAGCAAGAGGGACAGAGAAGAUCGGAGGAGUGAGAGGGACGGGGGAGACAGGGGGGGUGGAGAGGGGAGGGACAGAGGAGACGAUAGCUUUGCUGUCCCAGAACCGCCAAAGCGUAGAAAGAGCAGGUGGGACAACUAAAGAAAAACACAUUGUUAGAAUAAUAUGUGCAACCAACUGCUCCAUUGUGAGGCUGUCUCUCAUGUAGGCACAUGGCAGAGCAUAUCAGAGGCGGACACAGCACAGGACCUUAGGGGGGUCUGUAGUGUACUGUAAGUGUACUGUACUGUCAGGCUGGUUAGAAUCUUGUGAACCAAGCAUGUCAGACAGAUCAACAGAAGCAGCUCAGAGACAGCCACUGUACAUAGAUACCAUCAAGACUGUUGUUAUUGUAAGUCAAUAGGUUUAAGCAAUAGAGCUGUGAUAAUUCCUGCUGUCAGUAAACAAUUCAAAGUUAGGUUGUGUUGGUUGUUGUCUUGUUUCUUCUCACUGAGCUCCAGACACGCUUUUGUGCUUGCAAACCUGUCGCUUUAUUUUGUAUUUUUGCCAAGUGUGUUUGUGUGUUUACAAUUUGUUAAUCUCCAAAUCUAACUCUACAAACGCUUUCAUUUUGAAAGUCACAGUCACACCCGUAUAAUUGGAAAAACUAUGUAUGGCUCUUUCUGUGUCCUCUGUUCAAGUUUUAGUGAAGUGCCUUUCCUUGGCAUUUAGUCUCUAUGCUUUUCAAAUGUUUUUCAAGAGGAUGCGUUUGUAUUAGAGGAAUUUCACGUGUUAAUUCAUACAUGGGAAACAUUAAGUUUUGAUUAAAAAGACUCAUUUGGCAUCGA